AGCACCCUGCUCUGGGGCCUACCUUCCCCGCAGCAGCGGUGUUUGGGGCCUCCAGCCCCUCGCUGCCAUUUUCCUUCUCCAGGGGGAGGGGAGAUGCAGCUCGCCCGCAGCCGCCUGGGGCUUCUGCUCCUCGGGGCGCUCCUCACCGUUGUCCUCUACCUCCUGCUCCCAGCCGCCCAGCACGAGCAGCGCUUGGCGGGCGCCCGGCCUGCUGAGGAGAAGCGGGGCCGGCGGGUGGCCAACGCCACUGUGCGAGUGGGGAUGGCUGCGGGAGAGCCCCCCAUCUUCUACAGGGAGGUGUCUGCAGGGCCCCGGGCCGCUGGCACCACCAGCCCUGGGAGGCUCGAUGUUCUGUUCCUGCACGGCCAGGCGUUCACCUCCAAGACGUGGGAGGCCUUGGGCACGCUGACACUGCUCGCCGAAGAAGGCUACCAUGCGGUUGCAAUAGAUCUACCUGGCUAUGGGGAUUCGCCCCCAGCGGAGAUGGUGGCCACAGCACAGGGCCGGGUGGCUUUCCUGGACCAUGUCCUCCAGGAGCUGGGCAUGCGGAGGCCCGUUCUCAUCAGCCCGUCCAUGAGCGGGCGCUUUGCCCUGCCCUUCCUCCUGGCGCGGGGAGACCAGCUGGCUGGCUUUGUGCCCGUGGCACCCGUGGGCACCAAGGACUACGCUGCUGAGCAGUACCGGCAGGUCCAGACGCCCACCCUGAUCCUCUACGGUGACCGUGAUGCAAGCCUGGGUCCCCAGGCCCUGCAGAGCCUCCAGCACCUCCCCAGGCACCGCGUGGCCGUAGUGUCUGACGCUGGCCAUGCCUGCUACCUGGACAAGCCAGAGGAUUUCCACCAGGCCCUGCUGGGCUUCCUGCGCCAGCUGAAGUGAGCGCUGCCUCGUCCCCUGCUGAGCAGAGGACAGUGGGUUGGGGCAUCCCAAGGGACUGGGAGGCACGGGUGGCCGGCGUGAGGGGUGCUGUUCUCUUUUGGGGUGUCCCCAGGG